CUGCCCCCAUUCUCUCCCUGUCCCCAUUACAACUGCCAUCUCCAUCCCCUCCCUGCCUGCCCCGCUGUCCCCGUCCUCAACCGUGGUUGCGUCCCCUCCGUCCCCGCAGCCUCAUCGUCAGCAAGCCGGAACGGAAACUGGUGAAGGGCUCGGGGUUCCACCUGGACCUGCUGCUCAUCGUGGCCAUGGGCGGCGUGGCUGCACUCUUUGGCAUGCCCUGGCUGAGUGCCACCACGGUGCGCACCAUCACGCACGCCAACGCUCUCACCGUCAUGAGCAAGAGCUCGGCGCCGGGAGAGAAAUCCCAGAUCCUGGAGGUGAAGGAGCAGCGCAUCAGCGGGCUGCUGGUGGCCGUGCUGAUCGGCGUCUCCAUCCUGAUGGAGCCCAUCCUGAAGUACAUCCCGCUGGCCGUGCUCUUCGGCAUCUUCCUCUACAUGGGCGUCACCUCGCUCUUUGGCAUCCAGCUCUUCGACCGCAUCCUGCUGCUGCUGAUACCCCCCAAGUACCACCCCAAGGAGCCCUACGUCACCCGGGUGAAGACGUGGCGGAUGCACAUCUUCACCAUCACGCAGAUCCUCGUGCUGGCGCUGCUGUGGGGGGUGAAGGUCAGCAAAGCCUCUCUGGCGCUGCCCUUCAUCCUGGUCCUCACCGUGCCGCUGCGGCGCUUCCUGCUGCCCUGCAUCUUCAGCGAGAUGGAGCUCAAAUGCGUACGUGUUCACCCCCACCCCCCUUCUCUCCCCAUCCCCGUUCCCACCCUCGUCUUUGUCCUCCUCUCCCUCCCUGCUCCUGAUGCGUCCCCAUCCCCACCCUGUCCCCAUCCUAUCCCCAUUCUCCCCCUGUUCCCCCUCUGCCUCCAUCCCGUUCACCGUUUCUGUCCUUAUCCUAUUCCUGCCCCCGUUAUGACUGCCAUUUCCAUCUCCUCCCUUCCUGUGUCGCUGUCCCUGUCCCCAUCCUCAACCUUCAUUCCUGCCUCCAUCUCUAUCGCUGUCCCUGUCCUCAUCCCCGUCCCUGUUCUCAGGUCUCUCACUAUGCUCUCCCUGUCCCCAUCUCUGUCUCCAUCCCAUUCACCAUUUCCAUCCUUAUCCUCUUCCUGUCCCCAGUAUGACUGCCAUCUCCAUCCACCCCUCAUCCUCAUCCCUGUUCUCAUCUCCAUUCCAAUCUCCAUUUGCAUUCUCCUCCUGUCUCCAUCCCCAUCGCUGCCCGUCCUCAUUUUUGACCUCUCAUUAUGUCCUCCCUGUUCCCAUCCCUGCCCCAUCCCAACCCCAUCAUCUCCAACUCCAUUUCCAUCUCCAUCUCUAUCAUCUCCACCUCAAUCUCCAACAUCUCUAUCUCCAUCUCCAUCACCUCCAACUCCAUUUCCUCCUCAGUCAUCUCCACCUCCAUUCACA